CUCUUAUAUCUUAAACAUUAUUUGCUAGGUGGACAUAGAAAGACAGUUGUCAUACAACAUAAAACCCCCCUACCACCACCACCUUUUAUUUCAUUUUGAUUUUGAGUUUCAAUUAUUAUCCCUACCCAACCAAGAAGCCAAGUUCUUCAAUUCAUUCUAGAUCUUUUUGAUUAAGUUAAAAACAAAUCAAAUAGAGAUGGCCGGUUAUUGGCAAACAAGGGUGCUUCCAAGAUUGAAGAAGGUUUUUGAUAAAGAUGGUAAAAAGGCUGCUGCUGCUGAUGCAUGCAAAUCCUUCGCCGAUUCUAAGGAGGUGAUUAACAAGGAGUUUGAAGAGAAGAAACCUGAACUUGAAACCAAAGUUUUAGCAGUAUAUGAAGCUUCUUCAACUGAAAUCAAGACUUUGGUGAAGGAAAGAAAGACUUCGGGUGUAAAGAAGCACUCAGCUGAUGUUCAAAAAUUCCUUGACGAAUUAUCAGGAAUUGACUUCCCUGGAGCAAAACAAGUCUGUGAAGCAUCAAAGACCCUGAGUCCAGCUUUGGUGUCGAAACCAAUUCUGUUUCUAUUUGAGAAGGUGUCUACUUUUGUAGUCAUCCCUGAAGUUGAAGUUAAAGACAAAGAAUUACCAGCUGGAGAAAUUGUUGCUGCAACCACAGAGGAAGCUGCAACCACAGAAGAAGCUGCCACCACUGUAGAAGCCGCCACCACAACCUCUGAAGAAAUUACCCCUGAGACCACGAAUAUCACUGCUGAGCCCGCAGAGAAAGAAGUCGUAGUUGUUGCUGAACCAGUUCCUGAAACCACACCAGUUGUUUGCGAACCAGCCAAAGCUGAAGUAGCUGCUGAACCAGCCAAAGCCGAAGUAGCUGAACCAGCGGUGACACCACCACCAGCAGUAGCAAAGCCAUGAUGAGCAUGAUUGAUUGAUGUGAAAAUCCUAAAUCAUUUCCAGGGUUUUUCAUCAUAGAAAGAAAAAUCAUAUAUAUGAGUGGGGUCCAAGUACAUUACUGCUACUACUACUAUUUUGUACCUUCUAUUGUCGUUGCUGUUGUCUUGUAUUUGUUAUUACACACACCACUGCGUCAUCCCACACCACACCACAUGUUUGUACGUGUUGUUUGUUUUUUUACUUUAUUUUACACAAGAUUUGUUAUUCUUUCUUCUUCUCGGCUGCAAAAAACCUUGUAUGUAUUAAACUUUUAAAUUUCAUAUGUUUCGUGAUGAACGGUGGAAUAUGAUGAUGAUUUCGUUGUG